AUGCCAUCCUGCCUUGUUACCCCACAGGAAAGAUCCAUUCCCAAUGGUCCCGGUAUUAACAAUGUCUUGGGUAGUGCCAUAUUUGACGAAUCCAAACCUCAAGUGGCGGAGCCGGUCGUUCAGUGUGUUCAGAUCAAGUCUUUGCCUCCCCAACCGGGACAAGGAGAACGGUACCGGGCCGUUUUCAGCGAUAUUGCCAACUAUGUGCAAACCAUGCUUGCUACACGUCAACCCUGUUGUAGCAGACGGUUCCCUUCGAAAGGGCUCUUUUGUGCGCCUCAAGUCUUACCAGGCCAAUUCCGUCAAAGGCAAGAGGUAUGCGUUACGUUUCUAACUGAAUUAUCGGAACUCAAGCUGAUCAGUCUCAGCAUCCUCAUUAUCUUGGAGCUCGAGGUUCUCAAGGAGCUCGGAGAGGCUGAAAAAAUCGGCGAACCUAAGCCACUCGAACUUAAAGUCGAGGAAGAAGAAGCCGCUCAACCCACAACAAUCUCCAGCAACGGGUUCUAUGGCAACAAGGUAGAGGCAGCCCCGUCUCAGCCAGCUAGACGGGCCCCGCCCCCAACAGCGCCAGCCUCUGCCCACGCCACAAUUUACCCGAUCGAAGCGAUUUCACCCUACUCCAACAAAUGGACUAUGAAAGCUAGAUGCACCCAGAAAUCUGCGAUCAAAACAUGGCACAACAAGAAUGGCGAGGGAAAAUUAUUCAGUGUGAACUUGUUGGAUGAUAGUGGUGAAAUCCGCGCCACUGGAUUCAACGAUCAGUGUGAUAUGCUGUACGAAUUGUUCCAAGAGGGAAGUGUGUAUUACAUCUCAAGUCCCUGUCGUGUUCAAAUUGCCAAGAAGCAAUUCUCAAACCUUAACAAUGACUAUGAGCUCACUUUUGAGAGAGACACCAUCGUCGAAAAGGCCGAGGAACAAAAUGAUGUCCCUCAAAUUCGAUACAACUUCACCACAGUUUCCGAUCUGCAGACCGUUGAAAAAGACACCACUACCGAUGUCAUCGGCGUCUUGAAAGAGGUUGGAGAGACAUCUCAAAUCACCUCUAAGAGCACUGGAAAGCCAUAUGACAAGCGAGAAAUCACAUUGGUUGAUAACACCGGAUACUCUGUUCGUUUGACAAUCUGGGGUGCGACCGCAAACUCAUUCUCCGUCGCGCCUGAGUCCGUCGUUGCAUUUAAGGGAGUCAAAGUCUCCGACUUCGGUGGAAGAAGUCUGAGUCUAUUGAGCUCAGGCUCCAUGACCGUUGACCCUGACAUCGGAGAGGCUCACAAACUCAGAGGCUGGUAUGAUGCCCAAGGUAGAUCAGAAAACUUUGCAUCCCAUGCUUCCUUGUCAGGCGCAACAAACUCAGGCAAGGGCGAUCGCUACAAGACCAUCGCGCAGGUUCGAGAAGAACAACUCGGCAUGUCCGAGAAGCCUGAUUACUUCACCCUCAAGGCUACUGUGAUUUACAUCAAACAAGACUCCACCUGGGCGUACCCAGCCUGUCUGUCCGAAAGUUGCAACAAGAAGGUGACUGAAUUAGAUCCUGGCCAGUGGCGGUGCGAGAUGUGUGACAAAACCCACCCCAAGCCGGAGUAUCGAUUCAUCAUGCCCCUCAGUGUUAGCGACCACACCGGUCAACUUUGGGUUAGCUGCUUUGACGACACUGGCAGGACCAUCAUGGGCAUGACUGCCGAUCAACUAAUGCAACUUCGCGAGGAUGACCAAGGUGCUGUUGGUGAAGCUUUCCAAGCGGCCAAUUGCCAAACCUGGAGCUUCAGAUGUCGUGCUAGGAUGGACAACUUCGGUGACCAACAACGUGUUCGUUAUCAGGUGAUGGGUUGCUCGCCCAUCAAUUACUCGGAGGAAGCUAAUCGCCUGUCCGCCUUGAUCAGCGCUUACAAACUCGAGUAA